AUGAACAUGAUUGCUAACCUUCGUAGCACUGUAAACGUCAUUUCUCAGGUCAUGGCAUUCAGUCCAAUUGGUUUAUGCUUUACUAAAAAUAUUCUCAUCCUCGCUUCAGCUCUGGAGGAUUCUAAUGAGAAAACAGUAUACCCUCCAACAGUCGAUCAAUCAUAUCCCGAGAGCGUUGGAAGUCAAAUUGCAUCCGAUCGUACGGAUAAGGAGGUCGUCCAAGAUGCUCCGUUCGGAGAUAUUCUGCCGGAACCAGCCUCGAAGCUCAGCAUGAAAGCACAGAACCGCUAUCUGAAGGCGAAAGUUCGUGUCUUGCAAGAAGAACUGCAGAAGAUGAACACGGAAUUAAACGACUCUCGAGAAGAAACGGCACGAUAUAAAAAACGCACUCAAGAGUUAGAGGAUGAACGAAAUCGGUUGCAUCGAGUCACCACUAGCCACUCGGCACAAGUGGAGAAGGUUAAAAAGAGUCUAGAUGAGACACGCACGCACUGUGAUACGUUGGAGGCUGAACGGAAUGCAUUGCGAAAGGUGAAAAUGAAUCUAUAUGAAAUUAUUUUUGCUGUGUACAUUUAUUUGCUCAAUUUACCUUUCCCUUUGAUGCUCGACCUAUACGAUUUUAGUCGACCAUGGCUGGUGUAUAAAAGAAUCUAUCGCGACUGCACAUUGACGCCCCUUGAUGGUUUACCCGCCUCCAUGGUCCUGCGAGCUGUACAGGAUGGCUCCUCAUAG